UCUCCUCAUGGACGGUCGGCUUCACCUCGGCUCUCUGCUUCUGCUUCUGCUUCUGCUUCUGCUUCUGCUCGUCACUGAAGCGCUGGGCUCCGGGGACGACGGCUGGGACAUGAAGGUGCAGCCGGAGGUGCGGGGCGUGGACGGCUACCCGGUGGUGCUGCCCUGCACCUUCAGCCACCCGCAGCACUCCCAGCAUGCAUCGCUGCAGGUGCAGUGGCGGCUGGGCCACGGCGGGGGGGCGGCCGUGGUGUACCGGGCCACCUGCCGGGCCGGGGCCCCCGCCUGCCAGCCGGGGCCCCUGCAGGACCAGCGCUACCGGCUGGAGGGGAACCCCCGCGAGCACGACCUGUCGCUGCGCAUCAGCGGCGCCGCCCUGCAGGACUCGGGACGCUACUACUGCCGGGUGGAGGUGGCGGUGCAGGGAGGAGGACACGUCAGCUUCGAGGACAAGAUGGGGACCCGGCUGAGAGUGGAGGCCCCCCCCAGGAUCCUGGACCUGUCUCUGGAGGGCGGCCCUGGUUCCGGGUUCGGGGCCGUGUGCCGGGUCCAGGGGUCCCCCCUGCCGGACAUCCAGUGGCUGGGCCCCGAGGACCAGCUGGAGGCCGGGCUGCCGGCCCCCCUGGGGGGCCCCGGGGUGGCCCCGGGCCCCCCGCCCCGGUACCACACCGCCAGCCGGCUCCGGGACCUGGAGCCGGGCCGGCGCUACACCUGCAGCGCCUCCAACCCCCUGGGCCGGGCCCAGGCCAGCCUGUACCUGCUGGGCCCCCCGGGGCCCCCCAGGGGGGUACCAGGGGCCCCCACCCCCCUGCUGCUGCUGCUGGCCCUGGCCCUGGGGGCCAAGGUGCUGCUGCUGCUGGGGGCCGCCGUCUGGGGGGUCCAGGUCUACCGGAGGAGGUGAAUUUUUUGGGAUAGGAUAUUUGAGUUUUCUUAAACUGUAAACCAUGAUCAGCAAUAUUCAAAUAAUAAAAGGCUUGUAAUAUUUCAGUUGAUUUGUUUUUGUAAUUGCAUUACAGAAAAUCACAAUAUUCUAAUU